UCGCAGUGUAAAGCGUUCUCAGUCGGCUAAUCCAUACAGUAGAAGUGUAUCCAGAAAUAGAAAUGGGAUUUCACCCAGUACUAAAAAUAGCACAACAGGUAAACAGAGUGACAAUGACCCACGUGCUUGUACACAUGCCAACAACUAG